CCUGUGCAGUUGUCUUUCAUUCUGGGGGAAGAAGAAGAAGAAAGAGAGAAUGAAGGUAGUGUUCCUUUUCAGAGAUUCAGAGGGAUUGGCGUCUGCCAUCUACGAUUCUCUCCACCCUAACCCUAACUCCUCUCUUCUUCAGGGCCCACGGGAAGAGUCGUUGGAGCUCUCAUUGGAGCGGUACGGAAUUAAGGAUCAGAAAGCGUCUGCCAAGGUCAUUCACUAUGUUGAUCAACAGGUUUCACUUUUGUUAAUGGAAACUUAUGAGCCACCAGUAUUGGCCUGUGCUGUUAAUGAAGUUCUAUCACAAAUAACAGGAGAAAAAUCAUCCUCAAUGCCCACACUUAUAGUCCCAUUUGUCCUGGCAUCAUCAAAGUUUAAGUGGGAAAGCAAACCUUUAACAACAGAUGAAAGCAAAGCUUCCAUUUAUGGAAUACAGAUAGGCCCAGAAACAGAUGUAACUCUGGCCAUGGCUGCCAGAACCCAGAAGGUGCCAUCAUCGUUGCAGAUUCAUCACGAACCUUCAGCCUGCCUUCUUCAUUUGGUCCGUGUCUUGAAGUUGCCAACUUUUGUUCUUAUUGGGCCAAUAAGAGGUCGACCUGCAUCUGAUAAAGCUCUAGGAGAAGAACUUGAGAUACUUUAUGAGAUGGGAGAGCUUUUGGCAAGCGCUUCUGGCCUGUGCUUUUUGAGAGACAGGGUCAUGUGGCAACCAACAACAAAUACAUCAAAGGAUAGUGAGGAGCCAUGGCGUGCAUUAUAUGGUUGAUUCUCAGGUGUUAGUAAAGCUUUAGAUACUGUGAUGCAACCUAUCACGUGAUGGAUUUGGUUGAAACUACUUUAGUCUUAUUUUUGAGAUUCAUGUACCAAAGCACAAUGCUUAGAAGUUAAUUUCCUUACUUUAGAUUUCUGGUUCUCAACUGCCAACAGAAAAGAUGCUUAAUGUUGUAUGCAACUCAGUUGGUCUUUUUCUUCA